AAGACCUAAAUCCCUAACUCUUUGGAACCCUAAUUAAUGGAAGUCAAGCUUCAUCCAAAGCGACAACCACAAUGUCGACCUGUUAUAACCUCAGGGCUCAUCGUAAUUUGGAAACUCCAUGCUGCUCCAUCUCUCCCGCAACCGCUUGGAGCUUUUCGUGAGUGACAGCAAAACCCCCCAAUUUUGAGUUCAAUCCAAAAUCCUAAUUUUCUCAAACAUUCUAAAAUCAACUCAGCCGAAAAAUCAAGCCCACCUAAAAAAAAUUCAAAUCUUACCAAAUAAUAUACAUACGGUAUACCCAUUGCUCCCCCCGUCUCAAUUUUCACCGCUGUUUCGCUUCUAAAAUCCAAUCUCCAUGGCCUCAGACGCCACGCCUAAGUUCCAAAACCCGGACUUUCGGCCUGUACCACAGACCCCAGACUUCCACCCUGAGCUCACUGUCUCGGACCACGAUGGCCUCCACUUUUGGCAGUUCAUGAUCGCCGGUUCGAUCGCCGGCUCGAUCGAGCACAUGGCCAUGUUCCCGGUCGACACCUUGAAGACCCACAUGCAGGCCCUCGGGUCUUGCCCUAUCAAGUCGGUCAGUGUCCGACAAGCCCUUCAAUCGAUUUUGAAAUCGGAGGGCUACGCAGGGCUAUACAGAGGCAUCGCCGCAAUGGGUCUCGGCGCGGGACCUGCUCAUGCCGUUUACUUCUCGGUUUACGAGGUGUGCAAGAAGUUCUUCUCGCGUGGAAAACCGAACAACCCUGCGGCACACGCCGUCUCAGGCGUUUGCGCCACGGUUGCGAGCGAUGCGGUGUUCACGCCGAUGGAUAUGGUGAAGCAGAGGCUGCAGCUGAGCAAUAGUCACUAUGCGGGGGUCUGGGAUUGCGUGAAGAGGGUGUUGAGGGAGGAAGGGUUUGGAGCUUUCUACGCAUCGUAUAGGACCACGGUGUUGAUGAAUGCCCCGUUUACAGCGGUACACUUCACGACCUAUGAGUCUGCCAAGAGGGCCUUGAUGGAGAUUUCGCCGGAGAGCGCCAGCGAUGAGCGGUGGGUAGUUCAUGCCACCGCAGGCGCCGCUGCUGGCGCCUUGGCUGCUGCUGUGACCACACCGCUCGAUGUGGUCAAGACCCAAUUGCAGUGUCAGGGUGUUUGUGGAUGCGACAGGUUUCAAAGUGGCUCAAUCAGGGAUGUAAUUCAAACAAUAGUUAAAAAGGAUGGAUACAGAGGGCUUAUGCGGGGAUGGAUUCCACGGAUGCUUUUCCAUGCUCCUGCUGCUGCAAUUUGCUGGUCUACAUAUGAAGCCUCAAAAGCUUUCUUCCAAGAACUCAAUAGUCGCCGCAGUAAAGGUGGCACAGUCACCUGAAAAAACCUUCAAGAAAAAGGGCAUUCCUUAUUUUGCAUCUGCUUCACGGAUACCUCUACACAAUGAUAAAUAGAGUUUGCUUCAUGGGAUGGAUGGGCAAGCAAGACAAAUAAGCAUGUUUCCCACUGAUCUGACCACAGUUUAAGUGGUAGCAAUCGGAGUAGCCGGUGAGUUUUAGCUGUAUAAGAUGUCAGCUUUUAUAAUCCUAUUGAUAAUUUUUUUUCCUGGUGUUAAUAAACCCCCCCCCCCCCCCAAAAAAAAAAAAAAACAUAAACAAAAUAAAAUACCGUGCAAGGAUUUUUGCAUUUCUUGCGAGGUUCAGUCAGAUGAGAAAGUUAAGGGAGGUUGCAUGGCAUCACAAUUUUUUUGUUAUUAGUAGCCAUUGUUGUUCCAUAAGCAGGCGGAUGUUAUCUUAUUGACAUAUUUCAGAUAUUUUGUU